UUUGAUAUCUUUAGGUUAUUCUUUCUGAGUAACUUCUUUAAGUUAUUUUUUAACUAUAAGAAUUCGGUUGCAGCUUUCAUCUUGCUCCAUAAUAUCCGCUUACACCAUUACAGCAUCAAGAGAAGGCCAGUUACUUUUUUUCAGCCUUCAACCCCUUUCUCACCUCAACCCCUUUCUCACCUCAAGACUCUGAAACAAGAGAGCACAGCAUUCAUCAGAGUUGGGCAUUCGUCUUCUUCUAAUCGUCAUCGUCAGUCUUCUACAACUACAGGUCCUUGCCAUCAGUUCAUGUUCGGAGCCUAGGUUAGACAAAUUUAUUGUUAAAAAGUGAUCUUCAGAUAGCUUCAAAUUCUGGUGAACAUAUAGGACUUGGGGGGAAAACACGCAAUUUGGACCCUGUGAAGAUAGAGUUUUAAGUGCAAUCAGCAACAGAGCACUCAAGUCAGCAGCAAUUAGGAAUUAUACAAGACGAUGUUCCCAUUCAUUAAAUAGUUUCAGCAUCUGCUGAAGCGAGUUCUUUGAAACAAGACAACCAAGCUUCACUUUGUACCAAUGAGAUGAACUCUGAUCUAGAUAAACGAUUUGAUGCACAUGAUGAACAAGGCGAUAACGAGUGGAACCCAGUACUGCAAAGAGCAAGACUAAGAAAAACAGUCCCAAGGUGCAGUGAUGAUCUUUCAGAACUUCUUACCCGAGAAAAUGACAAUCUUGCAAAACUGCCCCCUCCUACCAGCCAAAAUGUGUCUCAGAUUGACCUGGAUUUGGAGCUUAAACUACCUUGUGGGCCACAACCCAGUUUUAAUUGGUUAUUCAAUGAUCCUGAUGACAAAAACACCGAUGAAGAAAUGGUUGACUUAAGUCUUUCCUUGGUGGGCAAUUGCAUAACACCUGAAUUAAGUAGUGAAGGAAUUCAAGAGAAGACAGCACCAAGGUUUGACUCUGAGGCUUCGACCAAUCCUGUGCAUUUAAGUUCUAAAGCAGUUGAAGGAGGAUCCGGUGACUGGACUUUAGUUCGAUCGCAAGAGCAUCAUAAGGUUAAAGACACUCACAACAAAUUUGAGAGUACAUGUGGCAAUGAGGUCGAAAAAACUUGCAAUAGAUUUGUGAUAGAUUUGAACUUUCUACCUGUUGAUUGUGAUGAUGGCUGUCGAACUCCUACUGAUUCACGCAAGCCAUUUGAAGAAAAUGAAAUCCUAACACGAGUUGAACCUGAACUCAUUUCUCCAAAUCACUGUGUUGAUACUAGAGAUCAAGAUAAUCUACUGGGAAAAAGCUCUUCCUUGUCAAAAGAUGUCGCAGCAAACUCAGUUUUAAUUGCAGAAUUCAUAAAGCCAGAGCAGAAAGGAUUGAAUUUCGCCAAGGAUGUCACUGGCAUUGAUGGAUUGGAAUCGGAGGCUUCUCAAAGUAAUAGGCCUGCAAUCAUUGAUGCUUUAUCCGAGCAUGAUUUUAAAGCUGCUGCUGUGAUGAAUGGCAAUGCUUCUACUUCACAGAAAGUCAUUAUUGAUGAGGUAGACGUGGCAUUUUAUGGAAAUGAGUCAGGUAGUUCUCAACAUCUGGUUGGGAAAGAGAUAAUAGAACAAGUAUCUCGUAAUGAUGAGUGGGGUACUUCUCAUCACGAUUAUGGUGAGUUGAAUAAUACUGAAAUUGAAUAUCAAGGGAGGGAAAUUCGAGAAAGAAGGCAAGAAGUUGAGUUACAUGGCACAAAACAUGAAAAUUCCAUUCUUACGAGUGUCUCUACCAUAAUGCUAGAAUCGAUUCAGAAGCUCGAAGGAUGCGAUGAGAUGAGGAAAUCAGAAGUUACCAUGUCAGACAAUGUGCAACCUUCAUCUCUUAAUACUUCAACAACUUCGAGAAAUUGGCCGUCUAAAGCUACUGAAACAAAAUCAGGCUUCAGCAGAAAUACUAUCAAAGCAACUGACAAGGGCACAAAGGAAUGUUGGGACACAUCAAUAACUUCCGAAAAUAAACUGUUGAAAGCUACUGAAACAAAAUCAGGCGUCAGCAAACUUACUAUUGAGUCAGCUGAAGAGGGCAAUAGAAAGCAGUGUCAGGGUGCAUCAAUGACUUCCAAAAAUAGGCCAUUAAAAGCUACUGAAACAAAAUCAGGCUUCGACAGAGAUUCUAUUCAAGCAACUGAAAACAGCAGUACGAAGCACCGUCAGGUUGCAUCAAUAACUUUCAAAAAAAGGGUCGACUCACCAAAGGAAAGUCUCUCCCCCGGGUUAGACUGCUCAGACAGUCUUUCCGCUGAAGGAGAAGGCUUUAAUCCAACUAAACUCGUCAACCGAGUUGAAAGCCCCAACAAGCCCACGUCUAAGCAAAAGACAUCGGGCCACAAGAGACCUAUUGCCGCGAUGACGGAUGAUGAUGCCGCUGCAAAAGCCUUAAAACAUGCCCAGAAGAACGCUGCUCGUCGAAGAAGAAGGUCCCAGCGACGGGCACAACUCCGAGAAAGCCGACCCUCCAACCAACGCGAGCUUCGCAUUCGUGAGCCUAAACGCGACCCUGAGCUCUGCGUUUCUACUUUAGAGCACAAGCCUCGCGUUUAUGAGCCCAAAGCUACUGAAACCAAACCAAGCUUCAGCAAAGAUACUGUUGGAUCAACUGAGAAAGGAAAUACAAAGGAGCUUCAAGGUGCAUCAAUAAGUUUCAAAAACUGGCUACUGAAAUCUACUGAAGGAAAACCAGGCUCCAGCGAAGAUACCAUUGCAGCAGCUGACAAAGGCAAGACAGAGGAGGGUAGGAGAGCAUCAAUAACUACUACGAAAAAUAGGCCGCUAAAAGCUAUUGAAACAAAAUCAGGCUUCAGCAAAGUUACUCCUGAAGCAACUGAAAAAGGCACGGUGGAGGAGGUUUGGCGUGCAUCAGUAACAUCUAAAAGCAGGCCUUUGGAAGCUACUGAAACGCAAUCUUGCUCCAGCAGAGAUACUACUGAAGCAACUGAAAAGGGCAAUACAAAUUCUGGCCUUGACGAAGACAUCAUAAAAGAAACUGAAGAAAGUGACAUAAAGCAGCAGGGCUGGGGAAAUUUGGAAACAAAAUCGAGCUUCAACAAAGAACCUUCUGAAGCGACCAAGAAACAUAGGAAUGAAGAUGGCAGGAAAAUGAACUCAGCUAACCGACAUGAAGGUCCCUGUAAACGUAGCAGGAUCAUAAGGUUGAACGCUGUUUCUAAUAAAUCAUCCUCUCAAGAAGAGGAAAAACAAAAUCAUGGCCAUAUCAUAAAGUUGAACACUGUUUCCAAUAGUUCAUGUUCGUCUAGUAUUCAGACUCGUGGUAAGAUCAUAAAGUUGAACAGUGUUUCUGACAAAUCCUUCAGAGAUGGCAAGCUUAGUCAACAGCCACAUAAACAUGCAAAAAUCAGCAAGCGAGCUAAUCAGUCAGGCAUGCAAAGAUCUGAUUACACUUGGGUGAGAAAGGAUGAGAACAUGUCGGGUGAUACUUUACCUAAUAAUCAGGAACUUCUCCUACCCGAAAGCUUCCAGGAGCAUAUAGAUUCUAUGCCUUCAUCUCAAAGGAAGCUCCUCAAUACUGGUGAAGGACAAAUAGUAUCCUCAAGCAGUCAAAUGAACGACCACAUUAUGAGGAAAGUUAGCCCCAGUGGAAAACACACUGUAAGGAAUAACCCUGAUUUUCAAAUGCCACAAGCUCAUGAAGGCAGGGUUGUGUUUAGGGUUUCACCGGUUCUUCCUCAAUUUUCAGUGGAUCGUCAGGGAACUGAGCGUGAGCCAACUAAUACCAUUCAGAAUGAUGCUACUAACUAUUGUAGCUUCAGGUCUUCACCAAGAUAUUUGCAUAGCACGGACUCUGUAAUGUAUGUCCCUAUGCUCGAUAACGCCCAGGAGAUCAAUGAGAUCAGCAAUCCUGUUGUAUUGCAGUACUCAAUGCCAUUUCCAACUAUAGAAAGGGAUGUUAAUAAAAAAAGGCUGCACUUUGAUCCUCAACAAAAUGAAGAAGACAAUCACGAUGCUCAGCAAACUAAUGCUGUUGCUGUUGCUGGUGAGAGACGUCGUGAUGUUUGGAAUUAUCCUCAAACAGUACACGAUGAAUCUUCUAACAAGCCAUACUAUGGUGUACAAAGUGCUCCUCAAAGGUAUGUUCUAUAUGGCCCUAGUUUGCAGCAAAGCUUGCUUGAGGAGGGAAUCUCUGACAAAAACAUCAGAAGCCAACUUGGAGAUGCCUCAGAUGGUGACCCAACAUUUUCAGGAGAAAUCAGCAAGGAAACCCUAGGCGCUGAAUUUUACGAUAACACUAGAGCAUUCAGAGGAAGCGUCAAAAAGCGACUUGGUCCACGAGUUAACACAUCAAAUAGGGGAAGAGGAGCCUCAUCAAAUAGGGGAAGAUGCGGAAAAGGGGGAAGAGGCAGGAGAGGGGGAAGAAGCGGGAGGUUCCUUGGUCAAAAAGAAUGCUGUGAUCCCGAAUUUAGCGACACCAAGGUGAAAAGAAGAAAGUAUACUCCCAUAUAUUAUGACUGUUAGUUGUUUUAUGUUUGCUAGUGUCUCACUGAAGGUGGUGGUAGUUAUAACUGAGACAAGGGACUGCUCGAUGAUUUCUUCUUCUGAACUGGGCAGAAUUGGCCACAUAGAGGCUUAGAUUUCCUAUAUAGGUUGUCAAUAUCUGAAAACGAACACUGUAGAGUUAGUCGAUUUACUCUGCUUGAAGGAGAGACCCUUUCCACUUGAAAGACCUAGCACGCAAACUUCUGAAUACUUCAGGUUUUAUUUGGACCUGAAUCGAUCAUACGGUGCUGCUUUGUAUUUGUUGUUGGGUAUUUGUGCAAGUGAUAUCUCUUCGACGGAGUACUAAAAAGGAGCAUCAAUGUUUUCGUUUAUAAAACUAUGCAUGGGAUUUUGCAGCACUUAUUCUUUGAGUGCCUACCUCAUCCUCUCAAUUUCGAUAUACUUUGAAAUGGAGUUCAAGCCUACGCCCUGACCGAUGACAAUUGAAGAGGUUAGAUUUCUUGGUGUUUGAAUGCGUCUCCAUAAAUAAGAGGGAUGAAGUGCAACCUUUGCAACUUGCUGGCUCAUUUGGAAAGAGGGCAAAGGGUUAUGUUUUCAACUUCAAGAGAAAACUGAUGAAGAAGGCAUUAGGAGGAGAGAAAAACUAGGGAAGAUCAUCAGCAUGUUCGAAGUUAUGACUUGAUACCCGAGUAAAUUUCUAGUUCUUUUUUUUUCCUUUUUCAUUUCAUUUAGUGGCUAUCUUUUUGCAGGGUGCCUAGGGUAUUUAUUGACUUGCAUCUAUAGAUAUUUCUGACUCUGAAAAUAUUAGUUUUGUUUAUUACGGUAAAUGUCAGUCUCGGUCCUCUUCCUGGAAAAUUUUGUUAAUUGACAAUGGCACAGCAAUGACAGGUAUAACGAGCAUCAAGCCUGUGUAAACCAUUUUCAGUUUGCAUGUAUCAAUACUCAUGACUGCAUUAUAUACCAAAAAAACAACUCAGACAUGCACAAUUACAAA